AUGACUCUAAGUCUUACAACUCCAUCCGCCUCCAACACCCCUGCAUCUUCUACCCUGUCACCGUUGCACCUCUAUAUCCUCCACCGCGCACCUUUCGUCUUCCCACCAAUCUCGUCUCUGGAACCCUCUACGCUGAACCCCACAGCGCACCCCUUUGGCAUUCCGACAGCAGCAGAGUUCAAGGAAGUUUGGAAGGCUUGGGAUACAGUUACGUUGGGGAUGAUCCCGAAGAGUAUGUUGCAUGAGAAGCCGAUUGAUUUGAGGCAUAAGUGCCUGUUUUAUAUGGGACAUCUUCCUACGUUUUUGGAUAUGCUAUUGAGUAAUUUGUUGAAGGAGCGAAAUACAGAGCCGUUGAAGUUCACCCAGAUCUUCGAACGCGGUAUUGAUCCCCACGUCGACGACCCCGACCACUGCCAUCGCCACUCUGAAGUUCCGACCCGAGAUGAAGACUGGCCCGACCUUUCUGAGAUUCUCGACUUCCGUGACCGCGUGCGCGCCCGUCUUCUCCGUCUGCUCGAGAAUAUCGAGAGCGGAAAGCGUCCGAUGACGCGAAGGAUUGCCAGAACAUUGAUCAUGAUUCUUGAACAUGAUGCGUGGCAUAUCGAGACCCUACUGUAUAUGCUUAUCCAACGCGCUGGUACUGGAACCCUACCACCGCCAGGUUUCCCUACCCCGCCGUUCUCACUUCUCGCAUCUCAAUGGAACUCUAUCUACUCUCAACCGUCUCGCGGACUCACCGUCACCAUCGGUACAACAGAGCUCGUGAUGGGUCACGACGAUGCCGAAUCAGACGACCUGAAAGUCGAGUUGGAGAAAGACGUAUUUGGCAGGAGUUAUGGUUGGGACAACGAGAGCCCAGCUAAGGUCGUCACCGUCGAUAGAUUCAAAAUCGACUGGCGGCCCAUCACGAAUGAGGAGUACUUCACCUGGUGGUCCACCGACAAGGAGAAUACCGAUACAAAGAUGCCACCGAGUUGGGUUAUGGAGGGAGACGAAGUGAAGGUCCGGACUUUCCAUGGGAACGUGGGUAUGGACGUAGCGCGCCACUGGCCUGUGCUCACUUCGUAUGAUGAUUUGGCGGCGUAUGCGGAGAGUAAGGGCGGGAGAAUACCUAGGGAGAAGGAGUUGAGGUUGUUUUUCGAUAGGUUUGAGGUUGGAUAUGAAGGUGGUGCGAAUGUUGGGUUCAGGAAUUGGCACCCGGUUCCGGCUACGACCGGAGAUGAAGCUAAUGGGGGGAGAGGCUCGAACGGUGGCGUUUGGGAGUGGACCUCCGACGUCCUUGAUACGCAUGAAGGAUUCGUCCCUACGACGAUCUUCCCCGGUUAUUCAGAGGACUUCUUCGAUGGAAAACAUCAAGUUGUCAUCGGCGCUUCGUACGCUACAAUUCCACGUCUUGCCCAGCGAAGGACAGUGCGCAACUUCUACCAGCAUAACUACCCGUAUCCUUGGGUCGGCGCACGGGUGGCUUAUGAUGUCUGAUGCUACGCUUCUGCGUUCUCCGAGUUCGUUCCGAGACAAGUUUUGUUUGUUGUCACGGUUAUAGAAGUGUUUUCAUUCCUCGCUUUCGUUAGCUGUUGCUCCUGACUUUGUCUUAUCAUCUCUCUGUUUGAUACUAUAUUUUAGCUCUAGUUUGAGAUUGUCCUUGCUUUAGAUGUUG